AUGGCUUUUCCUCAGAGUACCGUUCAAUGCGCAGAACUUUCUACAGGCCGCAAAAUCUCAUACAGCAUCGACAAAAACACACCGGAAAGCCCAUGGAUUAUUUUAUCUAACACCUUUGGUGCUGACCUCACGCUUUACCAGCCCGUCGCACAACGAUUCGCCACUUCAGGGUUCAACGUUCUCAGUUAUGAUCACCCAGGCCACGGGCAAAGCAGUCCGCUCAAGGAUGUCGAUAAUGUGGAGUUUGAAGAAAUGAUAGACGACGUGGACGAGCUGCUCAAGGUCUUGGAGAUUGAUAGCAUUCGUGCCUGGGUCGGCGUAUCACUCGGGGCUGCCAGCGGUGUUUACAUGGCAUGUCGUCGUCCAAAGUUGAUUCAACAUUUAAUCUACUGUGGCUGUCCGCCUGCGUCGAUGGGUGCUCUUGGCGUCAUGCCUCCCGAGAAAUUUGACCAGAUGCGUGCCAAAGCCGAACAGGACGGAACUACAGCAAAUGUUAUACGGCAGAUGCACUAUGGCUGGGCAAGCAAAGAAUGGCUCGAUUCGCACCCGGAUCAAGACGAAAGACUCAAAGUUGCUAGCUCAACCUUGAGCUUGGACGCUUUUCGUGCGAUGAUGACACUGCAAAAGAGCUCUCGGUUUGACAUGCGACCACUGGUCCCUGAACUAGUAAAAAGCUGUGGGAAGAUGCUGUUCGUGAAAGGAGACCACGAUGUUAUGAUGAACUCAUUCGUUGAUAUGAUGAGAGAUUUGGUGAUCAAGGCGGCAGAGGAAAAGAGCAUUGAAGGCGAUUUCAAGCUCAUUACUGUGCCAGAUUCAGGACACGUCAUGUUCCUGCAGAACGAGACUUUCUUCUGCAACGCCAUCACUGACUUUAUUUCUUGA